UGAGUGGCCGAGAGAUUUUUUUUAUACAGUGCAUCCCGUCCUCCUUUCAAUGUCUGGGUAUGGAGUGGUAUGUUUUAUAUGUUAUCCCUCAGGCUUGGCAAGAAAUUGACAGACACAGGGGUAUGUUCACACUUUCUUUUUCUUCUAAUUAUCUGUGCAGAACUUAGUAGAGAAAGGGGUAGUGGGAUUCAAUGGCAGGAAUGCUGCCUGGAGUAGAGUGUGCACGCAGGAGAAGAUUUCACCAAGGGGGAUCCUUGGAUCCACAGCACUGGGGCUGUCAUCGAAGAACCAGGCGUUCUUCCUUUUGCCUCUACCAAUCUGAGUACAUUCAACAGCCUCAGCUGCACUCCACGACAAGAUCUGCCCUGCAACCUGGCAGAACAGAUCAGCAGCAGCAAAGUCAUGAUGACUGUAAACUUCAAGAUGCUGCACGUGAAGCAAGGGAGAGACUGGAUGAAAGAUUAAGGACAACUUCGUUACCAAGCAAUAGAAGGCGUGGCAGUUUCUGGUGCAGAAAUUCUUCAAAACAAACUUGUGACUCAGAUCCACGAGGUGGCAACUGUCAGGAAGAAGUAUGGCCAUCAAGCAUUAGGGGUUGGUUUUCUUCGGCUGCAUCAGUCAACGGGGCAAGGAGAUCUGCAGCAGAGUCUAUCAAACAUGAUGUUCUCAAACAAACCUCUUCACUGGGUGUAAGUAAAGCUUCCAUUGAUUUGCUCCACAGAGAAGCUUUCACUUCUGCAAACAAGGACAGUGGAAAAUACAGUUGGAAGAGCUUGAAUGUAAAGAAUUCACAGCAGGGUGAGUGCCCUGUGUGCUUGGAGCCCUUCCAGAUGGAUCAUGUGCUUAUUCAUCUGCCUUGUACACAUAAAUUCCAUUCUAAAUGUUUGAUUCCAUGGUUGAAUUCCCAUUGUCACUGCCCAUGUUGCAGGACUGAGAUUUCAAUAAAGGCACCCUGAGAGUUUGUAAGCCUUUUCAGGAUCUUUCCAUUCUCCUUUUCCUUUGUUCAGUUCUUAUCUAGGUGGUCAUGUAAUGUAAUGGACUGCCUUCUUGAACUGAAGAACACAAAUGCUCUGUAUAUAUUGUUAGUCUAUGAUAAGAUUGUAAAAAGUUUUGUGAAA